ACACAUCAGUUUCUGAUCUGAAGUAACUUAGUAAAUUUAAAAAUUAUUUGUUCAUGCAAAUACUCCUUGAGACGUCUUUUCGACUGAGAGACCAAUUGGUGGCUGUACACCCAGAGAAACCUCAGGAGGAUCGGCGAUGAGGAGAAUUGAGUCAGUUUUCCUGCUGAUUGCAGUAGCCAGUCAAUGGACUUGCUGCUUGUCCAAACCGCCCAACAUCAUUUUCAUUCUGUCUGACGAUCUGGGAUAUGGAGAUGUGAGUAUUUCUGCAAUGGUGAAUCGUACCAAUGAGAUACCCACUCCGAACAUUCAGCGGCUGGCUGACGAAGGAAUGCGGUUUCUGCGUGGCUACAGCGGUCAAGUGUGCGCACCGAGCCGCUGCACUCUGAUGACUGGCAAACACCUGGGACAUUGCAGAGUGCGAGGCAAUGAUGGUAGCUACUGCCCGCUGCUUCCCUCCGAAACCACAGUUGCUCACGUACUUCGCGAGAAGUACACGACAGGCAUUGUGGGCAAGUGGGGCCUGGGCGAUUUCAACACGACUGGAUAUCCCCUGGAACAGGGGUUUGAUCACUACAUCGGCCAGGCCUCCCAGGUUGCCUGUCACAACUGGUAUCCAGCCACGAUGCAAAACAAUACACUUGGGAACUAUCCAAUCGCCGGCAAUGAACAUGCUAGUCAAGCUAACUGUGGCGAGCACCACUCAAAGUGCACGUGGGCCAAUGACCUCUUCAAUCGCGAGGCCAUUCGCUUUAUUCGUGAAAACGGCCAGGCAAGCGUGGAGAAGCCAUUCUUCCUUUACUUCAGUACGACCACACCACACACGGGAUUUCUGGCCGGAGCUAAGACUUCUUGGGCGGUGCCCGCACCGUACGAUACACGCUUUCACUUUGAUACGGUCGAGUCGGCGUUUGCUGCCGCCACCAGCGCCCAGGAUGACUUUGUUGGAGCCGUGCUGGAUGAAGUCAAGUCACUUGGUAUCGACCAAGACACUAUCGUAUUCUUCAGUGGUGACAAUGGCCCCGACAGCCACCCGUUCACGUUCUUCGACGAUCCGGGUCCAUUCCGUGGAAAGAAGAGGAGUCUGCACGAGGGCGGUGUUCGUCAAACCAUCACGGCACGCUGGCCGGGUCACAUUGCGGCAAACAGCACCACCGAGCACCUUUUCGCGUUCUGGGACUUCCUGCCCACGGCAGCCGAACUGGCUGGCGUUGACGUUCCGGACAAUGUUGAUGGCAUAUCUGCCGCAGCUGUCCUGCAGGGCCAAACGGCACAGAAGCAGCAUGAUUACCUGUACUGGGAAUUCUGCAACUAUGGACGAGAGGACGGUCUCCUACCACAGCAGUACGAGCCCGGCUGGAUACAGGCCGUGCGAUAUGAUGCUGUGGACGCAGCGGGUGUGCGCACAGAGUGGAAGGGUAUACGCACUGCCUAUGGCGAGAUCCAGCUCUACAACCUGACCGAUGACAUAUCCGAGUCGGUGAACGUGUCGACAAAGUACCCUGACAUCGUAACCAAGAUUACUAGCAUAAUGGCAGAGUCGCAUGUGGAGAAUCCCUACUGGAAGUCCAGCAAGAACAUGAGUGAUAGGUGCUGUGCGUCGUGCUUCAAUCACAAAGGCUGCAAAUAUCCGUGUGUCCAAAUCAACACCACGGCAGAGGUGGAGAGUGUGUACGACGCACACUACCCAGAGCUCAGCGAGCCCCUGCUGUAUCUCUCUCCGUAUUACCUCCUGGGAGACUGGCUGCAGGCUGACUAUGAUACUGGUGUAGAUGUGGAGAAACGUGACUCUGAGUUCCGCAUCCAUAUCGAUUCAAGCGGUAUAGCGAUGCAUGUGGACUCCCCGACCGACGCUUGCAUCCACAAAGCUCGAAUUGACCUCCACCCCGAUGACACCAACAGCUACCAGCAAGCCAUGCUAUCCCAAACCAAUGCGUCUGCAUCCUGCCGGAAGCUCUCCACAGGAAAACUACACACAGAUGGAAGCAGUUUGUUCAUCGUGUGGAGAGAGCCACGCGGACCCAUCGAUAAUCAAAAUCCGGUAGCCAGCAUUUGGAAGAAACCACACUUUGACUUUGAUUAACUCUCUUAUCUUCUGUAUGCCAAGCAAUUCCCUGCAUCAAAUAUAGGCUUCUUGGUCAUCAGGACUGCUUUCCACAGUGCAAUGCAUAGUCAUACAGAGGCGCUGUGUUUGGUCUGCUCUUGUUGCAGAUGCUCCCUAGUUUGAGUCCUGAUGGGGACUGCCAUGUUCCUUCUUCUGACCUUUCCUUUUUUCUCUUUUUUCCCUUUUUGAAAUCCCUCAAACGAACUUAUAAAGUCAUGAUUAAUUUGCAAUACUGUUUGACAAUAUAUUUAUGUAGGAUCAUGGAUUGAGAGCCAAUAGGCAAUACAUCUUUGGCAAUACUAGGAUUUGAUCGUUUCUCGAUUACAACGA